AUGUCUCCAACUGUGGGUCCACUGGGACGUCUACGUAUCGCCCUCUUGAAUCUUUCAAGAAUACCUCCGACAAAAAUUAAAUCACCAACAGCACAACCGCGCCGAGCAAGUGUCGCGAUAAUAAUACGUAUUCGACCUCAAGCACCCAUUGCUUCUUUCACCAACAACACCACCACUAGUACUGCAAAGCAUACACUUGAACAAGUUUCCUUUUCAAUACAAGAUACAGAGCAAACUAACGUUGAUAACAAUGAUAAUAAUAAUGCAAGUGUCAUGACAGAUCUUGAGCAAUUUUGGGAAUUGCCUUGGGUUCAGAAAGGUAUACCCGAGAUAUUGUAUAUAAAGCGUGCUUUGAGAGAAGGGGAUCGAUGGAGCGGGCAAAUGGCGUUCCCCGGAGGAAAACAAGAUCCCGGGGAUGUUGAUGAUUUGGAUACGGCAGAGCGGGAAACAUUUGAAGAAGUUGGAUUGGAUCUCGGGAAUCCCGAGCAAUUUUAUUGUGUUGGUGCAUUGGAUGAUCGAGAGGUCACUACAACAUUUGGCAAAAAAUUACUCAUGAUUCUUUGUCCGUUUGUUUUCCUCCAAAUCACGCCCGAGCCAUUGCCAAUAGAAAUUUCUGGUUCUGAAGUGGCUUCCACUCAUUGGGUCCCUCUCAAUUACUUUUUCGACGAAAAAAUCAUUAGAGCAUGGGAUCCGAUUUCCGUCGAUAUUUCCUCGCGUCUUGCACCCAAUUCUUGGGUCUUGCAACGGAUCACUAGUCAAUCAACAACAGAGUUUUUGCAACUUUGGGGGUUAACUCUUCAAAUGACCAGUGACCUGAUGGAUAUGAUGUAUUUGGCGGGUGAGGAACCGCCACGUCGAUUAGACGCGAUACGACCAAAAUUUGAUUACCCCGAUGUGAAUUUCUUCAUUUGGUGUUUUUUAAGAAAUAAUCGGGGAUCUUAUCGACGGAAAAAAAUGGAACUCGCCACAAGAAGACGUAGUUGGGCGGAUGGGUGGAUAGACUACUAUUCUGCCGUGAGAAAGGCAUUACUUAUAGCCAUUUUUACCCGAACAAUUUUGGCGUUUUUCAUAUUGCGUCAAGGAUCUCGCUAUUUAUUUGGAACAACUUGA